CCUGUAUGCAGAAAUUGAGAUGUCUUCAGAAGAGGCUAUGAGUGUAGUGGGAAGUGAGGUAAUGCCCUUGGAAUAUGGUGGCAUGGAUUCGAAGACCAGUCCGUCUCCAACUAGUUCGGAGAGGACAGUGGAGGAAAGGAGGGAUCAGAGGGUGGUAGAAGAGGUAGAAGAGGAAGAAGAUGAGAUUCCCUCCAACAUUUUGGAGGCGGGGAAUAGGGUAGAUGGGUGUUAUGACCCAGAUUUAGAUAUGGUAUCUGAGGUGAGGGGGUAUGUGAGCGAGUUAGGUAGUAGAGAAAGUCUUAGGGGCCUAGUGGACAACUGCAACCUCCCUCACCAUGUCCUAAUUAGGCUUGCCGGGGUGAAUGAGAGGGCAUGCUCAGCACACCGAGACCAUUGGAUGCCCCUAUAUGUCCAUUAUCUGAUAGCAGGUCUUAGGUUUUUCAUUCCAGAAUUACUGGUUGGGGGUAAGGGGGAGAAGGGGUGGUACUACUUCGGCCCUCGGUCAUCCAGUAAAGAGAAUAGGAGUUUAUUCUCUACUGGACCGUCAUCCAUCAAAUGGUGGAAAGAAAAAUUCUUCUUUAUGGAUGACACCGAGUGGAGUAGGAGGGAUGCCGAAGUGGAACAGUUACCUGCUUGGAAAGCAAAGAAAACCAAGCAGAACAACUAUAGGUUGAAUGAGGAUGAGGUGGAGGAGGUGGAGAAGCUGGUGAGAGAAGAUGGAGACGUAGUGGAUAUCUUGUUCCUCACUAGUCCGAAGGCAAUAGAGGUUGCGAAGCUCUAUGGGCCAAGCUCCUUGAGCGAAGCUGAGAUGGACGAGUUCGUUAAUGCGGCUGGGGGCCUGCACAUCCCCAAGAAGCCAAGGAAGAAGUCAAAGACUUCAACUGCGGCGGAGAAGGGGGUGGCAAAGAGGGGGCAACUGUCCAGCACUUCUGCCCGGGCUGUGGAGGUGCAACCAAGGCCGGAGCCUGUGAUGGGGGGUAGCGAGGAUGUAAGUGAGGAGGUGGUCCCUCUCCAGAGGAAGAAGAGAAGGGUGGCAGAACCAUAUGCCAGGGGGAACGAGGUGGUGGAGUUCGUGCCCCGGCCUUCUCCUCCAGAAAUCAAUCCUGAAGAUAGGGAGAGGGAGGAGGUCGAGGUGCAACGCCUUGGUGGGGGCAAGGAGCGCAUCCCUCCUCACACGUACCAAAAGAGUUUGUUUGAGGCGACAAACAUGAUUGGGGCGAAGCACUUCCUCAACUCUACCCUUCUUGAGGUGGAUAGGAUGCAGGCGAAGGACGAGGUGGUUAGCCAUGUGGGGUAUACUGUCGUGAGGCACGCCCUAGAGAGUGCGAGCUGGACAAACGCUCUAGCACAGGAGUAUGCAGAGAGCGUGAGAGAUCGUGCCAGCUUGCAGAGGAGGCUGGAUGAAGUUCUCCCUUCAGUGACCGAGCUCCAGAACGAGAAUGAUGUCCUGAGCACGAAGCUUAUCCUCGAAGAACGUAAGAGGAAGAUCUGUGAGGAGAAGCUCGAGGCUCAGGACAAAUAUAUUGACAACAUGAGGAAAGGAGCAGCGGAGCUGAAGAAGAACGUGAACCUGCUGGUUCACAACGGGAUGGAGGAGCACAUUGGCAACUUCCUCAACUCCAGCAUCUUCGAGAACAUCCUCAAACUCUACCGGCUGCCAACCGCAAUCGUGGCCUUCACCGACUGUAGAAAGAAGGUGAAGGCCCAGUACCCAGUACCCAGAGGUGGACGUGACAACAGUCACCUUUGGGGAACAAGAAGAAGGGGUGGAGGAAAAUGGGGAGAGCCUCUGUGCUGACUUCCGACCUCAGAUCACACUGAGGUGGGAGCGUGAUGCAAAGGGGCUCACUAUUUUUCCUC